CUCUGUCUCUCCUCCUCCCUCCUCCUGCUCCGGGCGGAGCCCGGCAUGGGGGGGCCGGCGCCCGGCAGGCCAGUGGAUCCGGGACCCAGGGAGGGCCGUCCCCCGGGCCUGGUGGCGCUGAGCAGGGCCCCCCAGCCCCCACCUCCUGCCCCACGACAUGAACCUCCUCUACCGAAAAACCAAGCUGGAGUGGAGGCAGCACAAGGAAGAAGAGGCCAAGAAGAGCUCCAGUAAGGAGGUGAGUCCUGCAGGCCCAGCAGGGCCCGGGACUGGCCCAGGGCCCGGAGUCCACGCGCGGGACAUCGCCUCGCUGCGCCGCUCCCUCAGGAUGGGCUUCAUGACGAUGCCCGCCUCCCAGGAGCACACCCCCCACCCCUGUCGCAGCGCCAUGGCCCCACGUUCGCUCUCCUGCCACUCUGUGGGCAGUAUGGACAGUGUAGUGGGUGGGCCUGGGGAUGGCAGUGGGGAUCUCACAGAGGACGGCAGUGCCCGAAGACCUCCAGCCAAGCCCCGGAGACACCCCAGCACCAAGCUCAGCAUGGCGGGGUCGGUGGCAGAGAUGCCCCCCAGCAAGAAAGCAGGCUCACAGAAGCCAACCCUAGAGAGCCGAGAAUCUAGCCGGAAAGUUCCUCCACAAAAGCCCAGGCGAAGUCCCAACACCCAGCUCUCUGUCUCCUUCUACGAGUCCUGCCCCCCAGCCCCUUCUCCUCGAGGAGGGAACCCACCCUUCCAGCACCUCAGUAGGGGGUCACAUGUAACUGGGGACCUUGAUGUGGGUGCCCAGGAAGAAGAGCCCGUGUACAUUGAGAUGGUGGGGGAUGUCUUCAGGGGAGGAGGAAGAAGUGGAGGGUGUCUGACUGGGCCCCCUCUUGGUGGUGGGGGCCCAACCCCUCCAGCUGGCCCCGACUCAGACUCUGAAGAGAGUGAGGCCAUAUAUGAGGAGAUGAAAUACCCACUGCCCGAGGAGGCAGGGGAAGGCCGGGCCAGUGGGGCCCCCCCACUGACAGCAACCUCCCCACCACACCAACCUCAUGUCCCUCAGCCCCAUACCCACCGCCGUCCAGCUUCAGCCCUCCCGAGCCGGAGGGAUGGGAUGCCCACCAAGACUACCCCUUGUGAAAUCCCCCCCCCUUUCCCCAACCUCCUUCAGCACCGCCCUCCACUCCUGGCCUUCCCCCAAGCCAAGUCUGCUUCCCGAACCCCUGGCGAUGGGGUCUCAAGGCUACCGGUCCUCUGCCACUCCAAGGAGCCAGCUGGCUCCACCCCAGCUCCCCAAGUGCCUGCACGGGAGCGGGAGCGGGAGCGGGAGACGCCUCCCCCACCGCCUCUGCCUCCUGCUGCCAACCUGCUGCUGCUGGGACCAUCGGGCAGGGCCCGGAGCCACUCGACACCGUUGCCACCCCAGGGCUCUGGCCAGCCCCGGGGCGAGCGGGAGCUCCCCAACUCCCACAGCAUGAUCUGCCCCAAGGCGGCAGGGCUGCCGGCAGCCCCCCCUGCCCCAGCCGCCUUGCUCCCCGGGCCCCCCAAGGACAAGGCCGUGUCUUACACUAUGGUGUACUCGGCAGUCAAGGUGACCACACACUCCGUCCUGCCAGCGGGUCCACCCCUGGGUGCUGGGGAACCAAAGACAGAGAAGGAGAUCGCAGUUCUCCAUGGGAUGCUGUGCACCAGCUCGAGGCCUCCCGUGCCGGGGAAGUCCAGCCCCCACAGUGGGGCCAUGGGGGCAGCAGCUGGGGUCCUCCACCACCGAGGUUGCCUGGCCUCUCCCCACAGCCUUCCGGACCCAACUGCAGGCCCCCUGACCCCUCUCUGGACCUACCCAGCUGCAGCAGCUGGGUUCAAGAGACCCCCUGCCUAUGAGAGCCUCAAGGCUGGGGGGCUGCUGAAUAAGGGCUGUGGAGUGGGGGCCCCAUCCCCCAUGGUCAAGAUCCAGCUGCAGGAGCAAGGGGCUGAUGGGGGUGCCUUUGCCAGCAUCUCCUGUGCCCACGUCAUCACCAGUGCAGGGACACCAGAGGAAGAAGAGGAGGAGAUGGGUGCCACGACAUUCGGGGCAAGCUGGGCUCUGCAGAGGAAGGUCCUGUAUGGCGGGAGGAAGGCAAAGGAACUGGACAAAGCCGAGGAGGGUCCCCGGGCCUGGAAUGGCAGUGCCGAGGGUCCAGGCAAGGUGGAGCAUGAGGACAGGGGCCCUGUGGCAUCAGGGAUCCCAGUGAGGAGCCAGGGGGCAGAGGGCCUGCUGGCCAGGAUCCACCAUGGAGGGGACCGAGGAGGGAGCCGAACAGCGCUGCCCAUACCCUGCCAGACCUUCCCCGCCUGCCACCGCAAUGGAGACUUCACAGGAGGCUACCGCCUGGGGCGCUCCGCCUCCACCUCUGGAGUCCGGCAGGCCGCGCUCCAUACACCCCGGCCCUGCAGCCAGCCCAGGGAUGCCCCGAGCCAGACCCCCCCUGCACUGCCGCUGCCGCUUCCCCUGCCCCCCCAGCCUGCCCGCGAGCGGGACGGCAAGCUGCUGGAAGUGAUUGAGCGGAAGCGCUGCGUCUGCAAGGAGAUCAAGGCGCGGCACCGGCCGGACCGAGGCCUGUGCAAGCAGGAGAGCAUGCCCAUCCUCCCCAGCUGGCGGCGGGGGCCCGAGCCCCGCAAAUCCGGCACCCCGCCCUGUCGCCGGCAGCACACUGUCCUCUGGGACACUGCCAUCUGAGGAGGGCGGGGCGGGCACCUGGACUGGGGAGUGGGGCGGGCCAUGCCCAGUCUCCCCUGGGAGACUUGCCUUGAAAGAAAGACACUUGAAGGACUAGGAAAGAGAGAGCCAGGGAGACCCCCCCCCGCCCUCCACCCUAACCCCCAGAGACGGGGAGUCUGCCAGCGCCAUUGGGCUUGGGGCGCCAGCAGCAAACCUGGGGGAGGAGAAAGGUUUGCUUGAGGUUAGUAGUGAGGCCCUCCGCAGCGCUCCCCACUGAGCGCGAUAGACCCCACCUCCUGAGAGGGCAAAGGCCAAGCUAGAGUCCCAGCAAGCGGGAAGGAGGGAGGGGCUAGGGAGGAAGAAGGGGGUAGAGUCAAACGAAAGGGAGUAGAGAGUGAGAGGUAGUGGAUCUCUUUGAGUCGGGAAUGGGGAAGGGGUAUUUAUUUUGUUAUUUAUUUUAGUUUUGGAGGACAAUUCUGGGUCCUUCUUACCUACUCCCGAGCAGGGACUGGGGCACUGAGGUAGUUAAAGGGAUCCAAGUUUGCACUCUCCCCCAUGCCUAAAGGCCCCAUGAUCCACGUCCACCGCAAAGCUAGGGAGCCAUCAGGCCUGGGGAGUGGAGUUGGAUGAAAGCAGGGGCUCAAGUGAGCUGACGGCAGCAGACUCAUUUACGGUAUUUACAGUGUGCCAGAAUUUGGUAGUGAGCUGUGGCCUGCUCGAAACAGGCAUCUUAUUUAGCUCCGGGGUCUAGUACCAGGGAUGGGCGGGAUGAUGGGGAAGGAGGGAAAUUUCAGUGGGUGGGGGGUGGGCAGGGUAUUUAUUUAAAUUUAAAAAAAAAAGAGAUGUCAGGAACUUUUUUUUAAUUCCUUUCUUUUCAGAAUAAUAUAUUAAAAGACUAAUGAUCCUA